CGCGGCCGUGCCGGCAGCGGCGCGUGGGCGCGGAUUGUUUACGCGGGCGCAGUCCGCGCGCCGAGGCGAGCGCCGCCGCUCGAGCGCACCCUAUAUUCAGUUCACGGCCGCUCUAUUACCGGACGUCUAUUUCGGCGCAUAAUAUUUCGAACGGUGCGGAGGAACGUUCAGUUUCGCGCGGGCAGGUGCGCGCGCCUCGGCCAGCGAUGCGGCGCGGGACUCGCGCGCGCCCCUAGCAGCAUGGAGCGCCGCCGCGCGCGCCUCGACCACGCCGACCCCAUGACCAAGACCGUGCGCCGCCGCGAAAAGCCGCGCGAGCGAUGGCUGCUCACGCGCAAGACGUGGCGCUACAUGGCCGACGCCGGCCGCCGGCUCGUGCCCGACGGCGCCGGCAACCGCGCCGAGGACGUGCCGCGCCUCGAGGCCUACUUCCAGGAGGUGUGCGGCCGCGAGCCGCGCUUCCUGCUGCUGCGCAAGAGCUCCUACCCCGGCGUGCUGCCCAAGCCGCGCCGCAAGAAGCGCGCGCGCGGCGGCUCCGUGCGCGCGCGCUCGCCCUCCGACGACGCGCCGCCGCCCGCGCGCCCCGCCGACCUCUACAUCCCGCACACGUCGGGCGGCCGCUUCGACAUCGCCAAGCUCCGCCGCGAUUUCUUCGCGGCGCCGCCGCCGCCACCCUCGCCCUCCGCCUUCCCACCGCCCGGGGCCACGUUCAGCAGCGCCUUCAGGAACGGCUGUCCCCGGCCGCCCGGCGCGGAGGACGAGGACGGAGUGCUGGUCGAUCUCCUGCGCAAGUACCUGAAACUAGAGGACGACAAGGGGCCGGCUCCCCGACUCACCGAGUCCGAGGAGCUGCUGCACGCUUUACGGAAUUAUCUCAAACGGCAGUCGGAGCGCGGCCCGACAGAUUCCGACGCGGACCCGGCGCAGAGGAUCCUGCGCGAGAAUCUCGGUAGAUACUAUCAGCGAUCGUCGGCCAGAGACAAUACAGUGCAGGAUUUGUUGAGCGAUAGAAAUUUGUUGAAAAAACUUUAUAAUGAUCUCCGUAAAACGAAGCCGUACCGUGGCGGCCGAGGCGGCGCCGGUGCCGGCGGUGGCGCCGGCGGCGGUGGCAGUGGGUUCGGGUCCACUGUCGGGUUCAGCGGGACUAAUUCGCGGAGCGUGUUCCGUGGCCGCAGUUUCGGUGUGUGGAAGUUUAACGACGAGGACUAUACGCAAUCGCCGCCGCUGUCUCCGCCGCCUCUCAUCGAGGUGCUGUGCGAGUCGCAGGAGGAGAGGCUCGCGGAGGCGGGCACGCAGACGGCUCCCAUCCCGGAGGAGGUGCUGCAGGAGCUCGAGCGCGCGUACAGGGAGAAGCUGGAGGCCGCGACGGCGCCGACCAGCCCGACGAGCCCGCCGCCGGAGAGGCGGCCGCGGCGCCGCUCCAGCGUCGACCACGACGACGUGUCGCAGUCGGUCAGCGACACGAUCAAGCGGUACCUGAGGAUGGCUCGGAAGAAGAGCGUGGACUCCGAAAAGACUGAUCGCUUCAAGCGUAUAAACUAUGAUAAGAAUCUCCGAAACAUCAAGCCGCGGCCGCCGGGCGACGUGGACGACGACGGCCUCCACAAGGGGUGUCAGACGGACGAGGGCUGGAUACUGACGUACAGGGAGCUGCAGUUCGCGUCGGUGGCGUCGACGCCGACGUCGCCGCCGUCUCCGUCUCAGUCGCACUCGUUUCUGUCGUCGCUGUUGGGGCGGCACUCGGGGCCGCCGGUGACCGUGCCUGUGCCCGCAGGUGGCAUGCAGAAGUCGCGGUCGUCGAGCAGCGUGGUGAGCAGCGUGAGCAAGCGGCUGUGGCGCACGCGCAGCCGCUCCUCCAGCCGCGUCGCAGCCGCAUGGACUCCUCAGGGCAGUUGUUGCUGGGCAGACGGCAGCGGGCGCUCCGUGCGGCUGGCCGACACGUCGCUGCUGUCGCUCAGCGAGGUGGAGCGGCGCGCGCUGCAGCAGGCGGCGCUGGCGCGGCUGCAGCAGUUCAACUUGGGCACGCCUAUCAAGAUACCUGAGGACAACACCACAGCAGUAGCUACCAAGCCAAAGAGACGGGCGUACCUACUAAAGAGGAAGGCGCUGACUACGGGCUUCUUUGACCAGAGCCGGACCAAAGAUGCUGACAAGGAUAAAGAACCCACCGGCAACGUGUUUGGGGUCCCGCUGUCUCAGUGCGUGGAGACGGAGAGGGCGCUGCGCAGGCACGGGGGCUCCCGGGCUUCGUUGGCGUCCCUUAGUGCAAUUGAAAAGGCUGAUGAUAGUGAAUCCUGUGACUCCGGUGAAUGGGGUUGGUCAGGGUUGGAGGAAGGAGGUGGUGGGCCCAAGGUGCCUUCGAUAGUGUCCGCCUGUCUGACGCACUUGAGAAGGCACGGGCUCCACACGCUAGGACUUUUCCGAGUAUCAUCCUCGAAAAAAAGGGUUAGACAGCUUCGCGAAGAGUGGGAGAGAGGAACAGAAACAGCGAUAGACGCCGCAGUGAGCCCACACGACGUGGCAGCCCUGUUAAAAGAAUUCCUGAGGGAUCUCCCCGAUCCCUUAUUGUGCAGAGAUCUCUACCCUGCUUUUCUACAAACACAAAAAAUCCGCAACCGUCGGCUGCAGUGGGAAGCGCUGCGGCUCAUCGUGCAGCUGCUGCCGGCGGCGCACCGCGACACGCUCAGCGCGCUGCUGUCCUUCCUCGCGCAGCUGGCGGCCAACGCGGACGACGACCGGGAGCCCGGGAACAGGAUGACGGCCGCCAACCUGGCCACCAUCUUCGCGCCCAACAUCCUGCACCGGAACAACCCUAAUGAACCCGCCAGUGCUGAACAACUGCUCUCGGAGAGAGCAGACGUGAUCAACGUGGUUCGGCAGCUGGUGGAGCGGCAUUCGGAGCUGUGGCCGUUACCUGCUGAGUUGCUGCAUGAGGCGUACAUACACCUCGCGCACUCCGCGCCCACGCACCUCGACUCGCUGCUACUGAGGAGAGCUGAAUGUGCAGUAGAAGCAAACGCGAACGCAGACGGUUCUAAACGGCUGUGGUCCCGCGAGAGCUUCCUCCACGCAGCGUCCAACACAGCCACGCUCGCCUCAUCUCCCAAUGCCAGGGGAGAGAGAUCGGGCCGGCCGCGUGCCGCCUCGGACACAUCCUCUGCUUCUUUCUCUUCCUCCAUCACGCUUUUAGCCAGCAGAAUACGCAGUAGUGAGGACCGUGGCAGUAGUGGUAUCGUCAGUUCGCCGCCGCGAGACUCGGCGCCUGACUCCAACGACUCUGCCAGUGACUACAAUGAAACUGGCAACGUGUCAGAGGACGACUGCGUCAUCACCGCGUCGCUCCACAUCCCGGCCGUCAGGCCACGGCGACGCUCCACGUCGGGCUCCUCAUCGUCCGCGAAGAGAGACUCGGCCGUGGGGUCGUCGGCCGCGUCCCCCUCCCCCGCGUCCAGCGCCUCGCCCCCCGCCUCGCCCCCGCCACGCCCCGAGCGUCCGGAGAGGCGGCAUGCUGACAUCGAGAGGCUCGUGGCUUUCGGAAGAGAACGGAACACAUCAGACGCCCGAGCAGUCGUCGUGAAACAACACGAUGAAACCACCGUCACACGCACACGCGUGUCGUCCAGACAGGAACACACACACACCGUCAGACGAGAAGACAUACACAACAUCAGAAAAGAAGACAACGCUAAACGAGAAGACCAUGGUACUAGAAGAGAGGAUCCUAUCACAAGAAGAAUUGAAAAUGCUAUCAGCAAAAGGGAUGAUCAGAGUCCAAGAAUAGAACAACACAUUAGAACUAAUGAUCAAAAUGUUACAAGAGAAGAUCAAAAUGUUAGGAGAGAAGAGCAUAAUGUUAGAAGAGAAGAUCAAAAUGUUAGGAGAGAAGAGCAUAAUGUUAGAAGAGAUGAUCAAAAUGUUAGGAGAGAUGAUCAAAAUGUAAGGAGAGGUGAUCAAAAUGUAAGGAGAGAAGAUCAAACAGUUAGAAAAGAGGAAAGGAGAGAAGGAACAAUGCUUUACAAACGGGGUGAGCUUAUAUCGAGCGCCCAGACCCGUCCUGCAUGACAAACUGUAUACAUAAACGCUUUUAUACAUAAACGUCUAUUUAUCA